UUGAGAAAUACAUCGCACAUGAGUACAAAAGCCCUGCCUGCCACAGACUGGUCAUGAGAGUGCAAGUGUGGAGGAUGGAAGUGUGAAGGAGGGACAUGAUGGGAAGCUUUUUGACUAGACUUCAGAUUUGUUAAGUUGGACUAAGAACAAAAAAGGGCAAACGUUAAUUUGUAAACAAAUCAUAGGACUGAAAUGGCGGAUAUUGCAAGUGUGCUUGAGAAUCAGAGCAACGCUGCUCCAGACCGAGACGCCAGUGGACGAGCUAAGGAGGACACUGCGGGUCAGCCGUGUUCGGUUCCACUUGAAGGAGACGAUUCUGUAUUUUACAACGAAGGAGAGGAAAUUCCGCAGCAAACUCUUGACUCCAUUUGGGCGCCACGUUCAGGAGAACCAUUCUGGCCGGAAAAACUUAAUUCUGCUCCUCAGAUUUACAAUUCAGGAGCUCAGGCAUCAUGUCACCAUAUUGGGCUAAUGGAAGCAAGCUCUGAGCUUGACAGUGUUGCGUUGCUGAAAGAAAUGGAAAGCAAAAUGGAAAACAAAGUAAAUAAUGCACCAUCUACAGACACUGACGCGCACGUCGAGACAGCGGAUAACAGCCGGAUAAAACACUCUGAAGAGCUUUCAGUGCCUCCAGUGGUACCACUCAGAGGGUCUAUGCCUGCUGGAGCUGCUCAGAUGAAGAAAAGAGCCGACUCAUACACGGAAGAGAGCAGCGACUUUUUGCCUGAUGAGUCCAGAGAAACAGGACUACCAGAAGAAAGCAGUGAGAGCCUGGAGGAAGUGGAACAGGAAGAUGGGCUAGACGUGAUGUAUGAUUCCAACAACAAACCAUUUAAUCACCUGAUGCAUGCAAAGUAUGGAACAGUAUCAUACCGGAGAAUUCGGAGAGGACAAACAAAGAAGAGGAUUGAGAUGUUCGAAUCUAUGAUGCAGCUGUGAAAACCUUCUGCUUCAUACUGGUCAGGGUGGAAACUGGAAACACUGGGUCUGGGUGCAAAGAGGGGAAAAGUCCUGAAGGAGGCAGCAAUCCAUAGCAAGAUGACAAGAAGAAAUGGGUUAAGGGUAAAGUAUGAGAAGAGAACAAUAUAAAACUUACCAUUUAGGCUGCCAAGAGACCUAUGGCAACAUUAGAGGAGCAGGAGGAAGAUCUAGGAAGUAAGUAUUUCUCGCUUGUUGUUGACAAUCAUCUCAUGUUCUCUCACAUCUCACAGUCUACAUUAAUCACCCAAAUCAUGUGGCCAAAUGUAUUAUGGUCUUAUACUGUAACUGUAUAAGACAUGUAUGGUACAAUAACAAGAAAGCUAAUCACCCAUACACCACAUUGCCCAUGGUGAAGCAUGGUUACGGUGGCAUGGUAUGGAGCUUCCUUCUCUUCGGCUUGGACUAAAAGCUCUAGCCAAGAUAGAGGGAAUAUAUAUUAUAUCCAAAUACCAUUGCAUUUCAGUAACAAAAAACCCUGCAGGCCUCAGCUAGACAGAUGAAGAUGAAGAAAAAUCUCACUUUUCAGCACGAUAACAAUCUAAAGCACAAAUCCAAAUCAACAAAGAAACAGCAUUAGAAGGUGAUCAAUGGUUUGUAAUAAAGCCCCAAUCUAAAUCCCACUAAAAACCUGUGGAUGACAUGAAAAGGGCUGCCCACAGAAGAUCGGUAGCGCUUACAAAAAUACCGAGUGCUGUAUUACAAGGAAAAUAAAAAUGUGCACAGAUUUUCCCCCCAAGACAUUAAAUUUUUUGUUAUUUGUAAAAUUAGAUGAAAGGUGAAUAAACAUCUGACAUAAUUUAUCUUGAUUACAUUUUUGUGCAUUUAUUGAAUUAACACUGAAUUAACUGAACAAACAAUUACAGAGCGCACUCUGGUCGGCACUAUUUUUAUGUCCUGUAGUGUUUUGUGUCGUCUGUCUGCACUGUUCUUGGUCUUGAACUGUUUGCACUAAGUUACACACUAACGCACAUUAUGUGGCUAUGACAACUUACAUAUCAGUCCUUAACUCCAUGUUGUUUUAUGUAGCAUCACGUUGUCUCAUUUCACUAUGUACUGCUUCAGCUAUAUAUGGUAAAAAUGACAAUAAAAGCUUCUUGAUUUGUUUCACCCCUCAUCACAUCACAAUUUCAACUCCAGCCCAUGUUGACUCUCUUGAUACAUUUUAUGAUAUUUUGUUGGAAGAGAUUGGACCUAUUGCAUAAAAUGUUUUAUUGGUGAAUCUAAUAUCCCUUAAUUAAUCAUACAAACACUGCAACCUAAAAAAGUGGAUUUAAUUUUUAAUAAAGUCAGAUUGAUUUGUUCUUAACAUCCAGAAUCAGCAGCUAAAAAAAUGUUGAGCAGAAAAAAAAAGCAAAACCCCAAACAUUCUUUAGAAACGUUGUAACAGCGCCCUCUAGUGUCAAUAGAGAAUGUUUACAGCAUAAAUGUUAAAUCUGCCUGUUUAAUGGCUGUAAACAAUAGAAUUAUUAUUAGAAGCAAGUCCUGUGUAAACAAACCAGGUUUACUCCAUAAUAAUGAAAUUUAUACUGACAAUGUACCGGAAUCAAUGAUAUAAUAUCCAAGUACCACUGCAAAACCUGUUUUUUUUUUUAACCAGGCACUUUUAAUGCUUGCUCUUGUUUCAACCAAGCAAAAAAUAAAAUCCAAAAAGUUUAAAAAAUUCCCCCCCAAAACACAUGAUCCAUGUACAUAUAUAUAUAGCUGCUCUUAAAAUGAUCCGGGACCAAAACAAAUAAAAAACAAACAAACAAACAAACAACAACAACAAAAAAAAAAAAAACAGCACCAACCCUUAAAACAGUCCUUUUAA